CACUGCUACACUGGUGUAGUUAGCAGGAAGGCGUGUGUUGUGGGAGAUUUCGGUGGAUUGUUUUUGGACCUGUUCGUCAUGUUUGUGAAUACAUGUACCUGGUCCGCACACCUUACGCGUGCUGCACGAUGCGAGCUCAUUGACUUUAAAGUCAGACUAGCUUGAUUAGUUCUGCCCAUCUUCCGGCUCUGCUGUUAUGUAACCAUGGUUACCCAAUAAUGUUUACAUCUGUAAAUACACCCUGUACAGUAUUACUCAAAGAUGUAGACAGCUGGCCGACUCUGCCAUCGUGGUGGCCUCACAAAAGCCAUGUUACCAGCACUGGAGAGUCCUGACUGGUAAUGUGAGAAAUUUUGUAUUAACUGUUUGUUGUUCCUUCGAUGCUGUGGACAGCUUGCCGACUCUGACGUUGUGAUGACCCUCGAAAGCCAUAUACACUGUAUGUCAACAAUGGAGAGUGCCAGUGGUGACUGUCAUGCAUACCGAGACUAUGGUAAAGUGGGGGGAUGUCAACAUGACUACAGCCGGACCGACCAGAGCAGCGACAUCUGGCUUGAGUACUGGUGAAAUUACAGGGAUUGUUAUUGCAGUUACAGCAGUGCUGACUGUUUGUCUGACAGUUUUGACGUUGUACCUCCAAAACCGUAGAAAGACACAGGGUUCCCCUGACUCAUCUAUUCCAAGCACUAAAGUCAAGAUUUCCAAAUGGACCUUAAAUGUGUGUGGUGCUAUUACAUGCAGUUGCUGUAGCUGUCGUUAUGCACCUGUGCCAACUAAUGGAAGUCAUGAUAACACUGGACCAACAACACAAGGAGGAGAUCAUGUGAUGAUCAAUCAACCACCUGCUUCACAUGGAACCAGUAACCAGCAACUGACUGCUUCUAGUGGAGGAGAUCAUGUGAUGAUCAAUCAACCACCUGCUUCACAUGGAACCAGUAACCAGCAACUGACUGCUUCUAGUGAUACUGAAUCUGUGAGCCCACCCACAACAUCUGCAGAGCCAACUCUUGCUGAAACCACCAACUCCAUUACUACUGCUGCAGAAAUUCAUACAAGAAAUGUUGAACCCACUGCCCCUCCAGCUGAUAUUUUACCAGGACAGUCAUCCCUAAGCCAAACAGCACAACAGCCACCUGUCAGUACUUCAGCAACUACAGAGGUGCAGUCAUCGUCAGCCGGUCAAACAGCACAACAGCCACCUGUUGGUGCUGCAGCAGUUACAGAGGCACAGCUGUCCUCCAUUAUUCAGACAGCACAACAGCCAUCUGUCAGUACUUCAGCAACUACAGAGGUGCAGUCAUCAUCAGCCGGUCAAACAGCACAACAGCCACCUGUUGGUGCUGCAGCAGUUACAGAGGCACAGCUGUCCUCCAUUAUUCAGACAGCACAACUGCCACCUGUCAGUACUGCAGCAACUACAGAGGUGCAGUCAUCAUCCACAAAAAAAAUAGUAAACCAGCAACCUCUCACUUCUACAGUAACUAGAGAGGAGCAGCCAUCCACAAUUCAGGAUUUAGUAGAAAAUGGAGAAUCUCAGCUCACAUGUCCCCAUCCACCUUCCAGUACCACUACUACAGAAGGUCAGUCAUCUGCUAGCCAAACAGGCCACCAAACACCUGUCAGUUCCACUGUAACAACAGAGGGGCAUUUCUCUGUAAGCCAUGAUUCAACAGACAUUGCAGAUUCUCAGCAAGUAUUACACCAGCCACCUGGCAGUGCUGCAGCUACGGUGCAACCAGUAUCCAGUGAGUUGGUUUCCGAGACCCAGCAACCUGUCCCGCAUAGGACGGAACCUCAUACCAGUCAACCUUGCAAUGUGAUGGGUGAUAUUACAGAUUCUUCAUCUGCCUUUACUCCUAAACCUCGAAAUCCCAACUUGAUCGUUACAACAGAACAUCUGCAGAAGCUUGCAAAUGGCCUUGCACCAUGGGAACGAUUGGCAAAUGUGUUAGGUCUGUCAGAAGCCGAUAUCUACAGACUGAAAGUUGGAAAUCCCUUCAGUGUAUGGACACAAGCAUAUGACAUGCUUCUCAAGUGGAAAAACAGAGUAUAUAGAAAUGCCACAGUUGGUGUGCUUGUCAAAAAAUGUCAGGAUGCAGAUGUUGGUUCCAACGUAUACGGAUUUCUGCUACAUGUAGAUGUGUAAGCUGUUGGAUGUCACCUUGGAUGCAUGGAGCUCCAAGCACUGCUUUGAAGACCUUGUCAAUUUUACUAUUUAUUUGAACACUGCAGAUUCCUAUUUUCUAUAUUCUUUUAUCACUUUUUACUAUAAAUUUAAUAAUUUUAUAUACAGGUACUUUAUAUAUUUUCUCUUUUUGUUUUAAACAUUGUAUCAUGACAAGUAUUUUGAAGUAAAUACAUUAUCAUGUAUAUUUUGUAAGCACAAGUGCUCCAGUAAGUCUCCCCGUGUUACCGACACGUAAUCCCCUAACACUACACUGGAUUCCAGCAGGGUGUUAGACUUGUAUGCUUACAUGCCUGACACGAAUCUGAGUUGUCUGUAUACAACAGGCGGGGUUUCAUGGAUUGGUUAAUUUACUGUAGAUAGCUGCCAUUUUUGCUUACACGUAUAGACUACAGCAAUCAAAUCUUUGUCUGCUGGACUACGUGUUCAGUUUAGUACAUAUAUGUACUGCUUAUGUUGUUGAAAUAGGGUUAGAUACUGUAGGUGUUAGUCAGGUACAUGUACAUACAUGUAGUUUUAUAUCCAGGUUAUUCUUAGUAUUAUGCAUGUAUUUAAUUAAUUAAUGUUUAGUCAGAUCUGUCCUUAAAAAAUCACAUUUUCAUGUACAUGUAUAUAUGGAAUUGCCAGCUAUAUAAUUUCCCUUGUGUACUUUGCUGAAAACAGAUACUUCGGGUCAUCUCCGUGAAGAAUAUACAUUGUAAAUACAAAUACCAAUACAUGUUUUUUAGUUAGAGUAGGUGAAAUACAGCUGAAUGUACAAGGA